UGGUAAGUAAGUUCUCGCGAGAAUUGCUGCCGGCGCUGCUGUCGAGAAUUGAGGGCCGGGAAGUAUGGAAAAGAGAAAGUUGGGUCUUGACUGAAAGUCUAUUUUUUUAGUCUUUGGCUUUGUGAGACCAUUUUUAAAUUGGAGCCAGAUUGAUUGUGAAGAUGAGUUCUACCACUUCCAGAGAUGAAGAAGAAAAAGACACGUUUAAAAUUUUAAUUGCUACAGACAUUCACCUAGGGUAUAUGGAGAAGGAUGCUUGUCGUGGAAAUGAUACUUUUGUAACCUUUGAUGAAAUAUUGAAACUUGCUCAGGAUAAUGAGGUGGACUUCAUUUUAUUAGGUGGAGAUCUCUUUCAUGAAAACAAGCCUUCCCGGAAAACAAUAUACACAUGUUUAGAAUUACUAAGAAAAUAUUGCAUGGGUGACCGUCCUGUACAAUUUGAAAUUCUGAGUGACCAGUCAGUUAAUUUUGGCUUUAGCAAGUUUCCAUGGGUUAACUACCAAGAUGAAAAUCUCAACAUUUCUAUUCCAGUUUUUAGUAUUCAUGGCAAUCACGAUGAUCCCACAGGGGCAGAUGGUCUUUGUGCUUUGGACAUAUUAACUUGUGCAGGAUUUAUUAAUCAUUUUGGACGAUCACCAUCUGUAGAGAAAAUAGAAAUUAGUCCCAUUUUACUUCAGAAAGGAAAUUCAAAGAUCGCUCUUUAUGGAUUAGGAUCUGUUCCCGAUGAAAGACUAUAUCGGAUGUUUGUCAAUAAACAAGUAACCAUGUUGAGGCCGAAAGAAGAUGAAGAUAGAUGGUUUAAUCUGUUUGUAAUUCAUCAGAACAGGAGUAAACACGGCGCCACAAAUUAUAUUCCAGAACAGUUUCUAGAUGACUUCAUUGACCUUGUAAUCUGGGGUCAUGAACAUGAAUGUAAAAUAUCUCCAACCAGAAACGAGCAACAACUUUUCUAUGUUUCUCAGCCAGGAAGUUCGGUGGUUACGUCUUUGUCGCCAGGAGAAACUGCCAGAAAACAUGUUGGCUUGUUACACGUGAAAGACAAAAAAAUGAAGAUGCAGAAAAUUCCUCUUCAGACCGUACGGCCUUUCUACCUCGAAGACCUUGUUCUGGCCGACCACGGGAACAUUUUUCUCCCAGACAACCCAAAAGUCACACAAGUAAUACAAGAUUUCUGCAUGGAGAAGGUGGAAUUGAUGCUGGAAAACGCAGAAAGACAGUCUUUCGGAAACCCUAAGCAACCAGAGAAGCCCCUAAUAAGAUUACGAGUGGAUUACAGUGGAGGCUUCGAACCCUUCAGCAUGGUCCGUUUCAGCCAGAAGUACAUGGAUAGAGUAGCUAAUCCAAAAGACAUCAUACAUUUUUUCAGGCAUCGGGAACAAAAAGAGAAAAAUGAAGAUGACGUUAACUUCAGAAAACUGGUCCCCAAGCCUGCAGCUGAGGGAACAACGCUGCGGGUAGAGGAUUUAGUAAAGCAAUAUUUCCAAACAGCAGAGAAGAAAGUGCAGCUUUCUCUUUUGACCGAGAGGGGAAUGGGGGAAGCCGUGCAAGAAUUUGUGGACAAGGAAGAGAAGGACGCUAUUGAAGAAUUGGUGAAAUUCCAGUUAGAAAAGACCCAGCGAUUUCUGAAGGAGCGGCAUACAGAUGCAGAAGAAGCCAAAAUCGAUGAGGAGGUGCAGCGCUUCAGAGAAUCAAAGAAAAAGAACACAGUGGAAGAGGAUGAGGAAGUUCGUGAGGCUAUCAACAGGGCCAAGGCCAGGUCUCAGGCGACCGGUCAUACUUCGACGAUGAGUGACGAUGACCUCAUGGAUGAGGCCCCCUUGGACCAAAGAGUCAAUGAUGAGUCGGACGAUUCUUUACCUCCCAGCUGGGGUAAAAAGAGAGGUCGGGCGAGAGGCAGAGGACAGAACCCCUCCACCAGGGGAGCAUCUCAGCGAGGAAGAAGAGGAAGUGCCGGCCGUGAUCAGGCUGGCAGCUGCAGAACGUAUAAGCCUGCAUCUACGCCUACAAAAACGAUGUCGAUUUUGGAUGCUUUUAAGUCAUCCAGACAGCAGCCCUCCCGAAAGACGUCUGUCAAGAAUUAUUCAGAGGUGAUUGAAGAUGACGAUUCUGAUGUGGAGAUGUCUUUCUCCUCUUCCUCUACAAAUCAAAGAUUACCAACCACAUCAACGCAAAGCCAGAGGAACUCUCAGAGCCAAGCAUCAAAAGGUGUUUCCUUUGAAUCAGACGAGGAUGAAUUAUUUGUUUCCACUUCGAGAAGAAAAAGAUGAUAACUUCCGAAGCCAAAGCAGGGAAGGAAAGUGCAAAAAUUACUUCUCCAAAUUCUGCAAAGGAGAUCCGAGAUAUUUUUCACCUGCUUCUCCAUAAUUUUACGCUAUUGUCCGGAAAGUGGUGGCUUCCUUGAAAAAGACUGCUUCUUACUCUUUAUCUGCAACGCAACCACAAUGUCCAGCUAAAUGGUACCACCCAGAGUUCACUUGAGUGGAAAUGUGUGAAAAGGAAUAUUCCUUCUUAGGGAUGGCAGUUUUUCACAGAGGUCUUCUUGCUACUUAACCUUGUGAUUCUUAGCCCAGGAGUAUGAAGUUAGGGACAUUCUGGAGCUGUGUGACAGAAAAGAGAAUUCAGGAAAAAUGGUCCCUCAUUUCUCCCAACAAGGAGUCACCAAUCUUCAGUCACUUCCUUGCUCAAGAACAACCAUAAAUAUACCUGAAUGGAGAUGGCCGUUUCUGCAUCCCAACACUUAAAAGGCAAAGGAAAUGUGUCAUAGCAUUCCUUUUAAAGGGCUCCCGUGUCUUUUUUUCAUUUUACAGAGGAAUCAAUUAGAACUGGUUGGGUAAGAGAACAAACUCCAUUCCUGCAUUCCAUGUUUUACAAGUCUCCCAACUUCCAUCAAAGGGGCCGUUGCCCUGAGUCAAAACUGAGGAUGGCAGUCAGUGAAAUUAAAUGCUCGGUUAUAAAACAUGAUUCCUUUUGACAAGAAGCUACAAUCGGGAGGGUUUCAAAAAAUAUAUAUUUAACUUUUAAAGUAACGCCUCAUAAUGGGGUGCAUAUAAAAUCCUUUCUGGGAUUUUUCAGAGGGAUCUAGUUAUAGUUUAAUAAGUUGAAACUGAGCUGGUGUUGAUUCCAGGCCCAGAAUAGUAAACUUGGCAAUAAUUUCAUUGAUAUGCUCAGAAAGUAAAAAUGGUGAGAAACUUUCAAGCGGCCUUCGUUUGUUUUUUCCCUCCCUGCUUAUCUCAGUCGUUUCAAAAACAAAAAUCAGUUUGAAAAUAUAUCUCCAACCUUAGCAACUUUAAGACUUGUGGACUUCAAUUCCCAGAAUUGCUUUAAGGUUAAGCUAACUCUGAAUUUGCGUAUGGGGCUUUAGUAGGAGAUGCAGCUUUAAAACCAUGUUGGCCUUGGAAAUAUUGUGCAAUGCAAUGUAUUUUACCACGGAAAGCCCAUUCGCUGUUGAUCAGUACAUUUUAAAUGUAUUCUACAAACUCUAGAAAAAUUGGACAAAGGAUGGGAAAUGUGUGAUACGGAAUAAAGUUUUCUGACAA